UUGUUCCAAAUCCAGCCCACCGUCUUCAAUUGUUUUGAGUGCAUGACCUAUUAGAGCGCAUUAUGCACCUAUAUAAGUAAAUAAGGCGUGGCAUCGAUGCGCACAAUACUAGAAAUGGAGGGGGGCAAAUUCAUUAGCGUGUAACUGUAACUCUAUCUUUUGGCUUUGGCAAAUCUCAGAUUUCUAUCACACUUAGGAGGUUUCGGGAAGAAGCAAAUGCGCAUCCAGCACGAUUUUGGUGUCUAGACUGAUUCUUUUUCAUUUUGGGUCCAGUUGAUUAGCAACCAGCAAUAUACACUUUGCAUACGUGCGCAGGGCGGGUGCGCACUGCCUCCAGCAAACUGCAUUGCUAUUGCAUGUGAGUGUACCCAAGUCGUUCUCUGUUUUGGAGCGUGUAGAGGGCAUAGCGCUCCCGUAGUGUGCGCCCGCUGUGCCGUCACGAUGGGUCUCUUCCCCGUCCUGACGUUCCGCAAAUCGUGAUGACAGUGCAGUGUUAUCAGAGCAAAUUAUGCCAUAAUUCGAAUUAUGGCCGAAUCCAGUCUCGAGAGCCAAAUCGAUUGUUUCCUCGAACAAUUCAAGAGGAAUGCCUCCAAAGCCAUGGAGGAGCGAAGUGCAGUCACUCGGUCGCGGAGCUCCUACCUAGACACUGAAUCUCCAGAUGAGCCUGUGACACCUUGCGAGGAAAUUGAAAUGGUCAGUACGAUCCAGACGGAGCCUUUAGGACUAAACGACGUUGCCGAACUUUUACAUUCACAAUACGCAAUUAUCUCAGGUGGGAAGUCGAAGGAAGGUUGUCCCAUUAUCACUUUCCCAGACAACAAUAAUUUUCACUUAUUAUCAGAUGUUGAGUAUCAACGAUUGAUGUUAUAUUUAACUUCGGUGCCCUCACUACAGGAGGCGGACUUGGGCUUCCAUUUAAUAAUAGAUAGGCGGAAAGAUAGGUGGAAUUCGGUCAAGACAGUCCUGUUAAAAAUCUCAGUGUAUUUCCCCGGACUCAUCCACGUGGUGUACGUGAUACGCCCUGCUAGCUUCCUCCAGAAAGCCCUGUCCGAAGUAAGCAAUAAACUGUUCAAGGACGAGUUCAAGUUCCGAAUGAUCGUCCUGAGCACAAUUGAGGAACUCCACGAAUACAUAGACCUGAACCAAAUCACCCCAGAUUUGGGCGGAAGUCUGCAAUAUUCGCACGAGGAGUGGAUGCAGCAGCGAAUUGAGCUGGAGAAAUUCUCAGUGGUGACGCAACAAGUCUCAAAUGCCUUAGAUAAAUUCACGAAAAUCAUCGACGAAGCCGAAUUACCAAACAACGUUGACUCGACCCAGCAAAUUUUGAACCGACAAACUUUAGGCUAUUCCGAACUGAAGGAAGAAAUCUUGUCGGCAGCGCGACAAGGCGAAGACCUACUUUGCUCAAUCAAGCGCAAGUCGGCAAAUGGUGACGGUUACAGCUGCGACACCAUGGGCAAUGUCUUCGCAAUUGAGCGCCUUUUGGUCCAGUUGGAGGAGACCGAACGCACUUUCGACGACUUCUGGCAGCAACACUCUACAAAACUGCGCCACUGUCUGGAGUUGCGGCGAUUUGAACAGGACUUCCGCGAGUUGCAGAUUAAUUUCAACUCGCAUUUGAAAGUCGUUAAUGAGAUGACGGAAGUCGGGGAAAGUAUUAAUAGAAUCGAUAGUUUAAUCAAGGAGUUAAUCGCGUUCGAGAAGCUGUGUUUAGUUGAUAUAGAACGGGCUGAAGAAGUUGUUUCCUCAGGUCAGAGCUUAAUCCAAAAUAAAGUUUUCUACCCUUUGCAAUGUAUCGAACCCAAGUGUUGCGAACUGAUAACAAUGAGAGACAGUCUUGUUGAAAAACUCAACAAGCGCAAAGAAACUCUUGCCAUCAGCAAGGAGGUGAUCGAGCAAAUUGACAAAGCUAAUAUUUGGUGCACCAAAGGCUUGCACUUGUUAGAAACACAUAAGGUAGAUAAGUGUUACGAUCCCGAAACACCCAAAAUGUAUAUCCGCGAAAUCGAAGAAUUUCUGAAGACGGGGGACGCUAUCUUUGCACGAAACCCCCAAGACUUCAUCAGCGCAGAAAUCAAGACUUUACUGGCUCAGGUUUCGCAAAAAAUCGACGAAGUCUCUCUCAUGUGUGAGAAACGCAUUUCGACGCUGAAUAUGUUAUUGGUGCCCCUUCACGGCGAAGUUCCAAAGCAGCCGCCAGGGGGCGCCCCCCACCCUAACAAAAAGAAAACUUUCAAAAUACCAAAGAGUGAAUCUUCCGAGAAGCAUAUUGAAGAAGUUCACCAAACUUCCCCCGAAAAUGAGGAAGUGAACAAAGCUAAGACUGGUCACGUGUUAACUGAGUUAAUAGAGACUGAGAAGUUUUACGUUUCGGAGUUACUGUCGGUUUUAACCGGCUACAAGUUGGAAGUAAAGUCGGAGGAAAUGCAACAUUUGGUAACGCCAGGCCUUGCGGAUAAAAUAAACAUCAUUUUCGGCAACUUGGACGAGAUUUACAGUUUUCACGCGAAUAUUUUUUUACAAGACUUGGAAAAUUGUAUCUCGUCGAUUGAUUUGGUGGCGCUUUGCUUCGUCCAACGCAGGGAUACGUUUUUCCGAUUGUACAGUUGUUAUUGCCAAAAUAUUCCCCGAUCUGAGCAACUUCGUGAAACUCUGGUCGAUUCGAAUAUGUUUUUCCAGGCUUGCCAGCGCAAGCUGGGCCAUAAGCUCCCUCUAGCGGCGUAUUUGCUAAAGCCGGUCCAGCGAAUAACAAAGUACCAACUCCUUCUGAAGGACUUAUUGCGCUACUCAGAGGAGGGAAAAUGCUGUCGGGAGUUGCAACAAGCCCUCGACUGCAUGCUUGUAGUAUUAAAAUGCGUAAAUGACAGCAUGCACCAAAUAUCAAUAACCGGAUUUCCGGUCGAUUUGUCGCAACAAGGCGACUUGCUCCUCCAAGGCUCGUUCUCAAUCUGGGUCGAAAACAAGAAAGAUUUAAGAUUGAGGCUGAAGCCACUGCGUCGCCACGUUUUCCUUUACCAAAAAUCAAUUUUAUUCUGCAAGGCCGCAUCCAAAUCGUCGCAUAACAAAGCCACAUAUCAGUUCAAACACUACUUGAAAAUGUCGCAGAUCGGUUUAACCGAGUCGGUUAAAGGCGACCCGCGGAAAUUCGAAAUUUGGCUGCAGGGCCGCCAGGAAGUCUACACGAUCCAGGCCAGCAACAUUGAGCAGAAACAGUCGUGGGUUAACGAAAUCAAGCGCGUGCUUUUGAACCAAUUGGAGGAACUCAAAGGGGAGAAAAUCAAACAGUACACGGCGCAAGCACACAAACAAUUUGUUUCUAGGCCUUUGCGCCAAACCACCUCGUGGGAGAAACAAAAGAACGUGCCAAACGCCUCCUUGAUCAGUCACCGGACGAUGAGUUGCGACACCGAGUCGCAAGCGCAUGACGAAAAUAUCGAUAUAGAGGGGGAAAACUGGUCGUCGGAUUGCACCAAUAGCGACGAUGAGGAGCAUGGAAACAAUAUUGCAGUUCCUAGUGGCCGCUACAUUGCGCUAGCCGAUUACUGUGCAGUUGGCAACAGUGAGGUGAACAUGCGGGAGGGCGAUAUGGUUGAACUUUUGAAAGUUGGCUGUGCUGGUUGGUGGUUUGUUAAAAUAAUAGGUAGUUCUGUAGAAGGGUGGGCUCCUGCCGCUUAUUUGGAAAACUUACACCGUAAAACGUCACGUAGCAGUAGCAGAAGUCAAGAUAAACUAAAUGAUCACUGAGUGACUUGUCCUAUGGGUGUUUAAGUUUAUUUAUUUUCUACUAUCAUUUACACAUACAUUCAAACUGUAUAUUUUUAUCGAAUUGUGAUAAUAGAUCUUUUUGUAUAAAUUAUUGUUAUUGUUGACGUUGCUGUUUUUAUACAUGACUUGGCCAAAAUUCGGUUGCAGACAAAAAGAUCUAUUAGAGGUGGGAGAUUAGUACAAAUCCAGUUUAGGUCACAAUACAACCAAACAAUAUAAUCGCCUAGGUAGCGUUGUGUGUUAAUAAGCAAAACAACUACAUAAACUUCGCAUAAACAAAAUCCUUUCUUUGGGAGUGACAGACCAUACGACAGGGUGUUAGUUUUGUUGUCUUUCCUAACUUUGGUUUUUGGUACUUUAUCAAAACGAAGGAAAUGUUAUUUUAUACUUUUGUGGAAUUGUGAUAAUGGGUCUUUUUGUAGCUUACAUGAAAAUUCGCAAAAAGAUCUAUUAGUGAGGGUUUAAGCUUAGUACAAAUUGAGUUAGUUUCUCCUGUCCGAGGCGGCUCAAAAUGUCACGUGGAAUAUUUACAUACGACUUUGUUAUUUAUUUUGAAUGAAAUUCACAGAA